AUGGCAAAUGGCCUGACCAGAUUAUUACCGAAUCUGGGUGGUCCCGGCGGGCACGUGCGUCGCCUUUACGCGACGACGGUCCACUCCGUACUACUGUACGGAGCGCCUGUAUGGGCGGAGAGGGUGGAGGAAAACCCUACCCUCUGCAGGCGGCUCGUGGCUGUCCAAAGACACAUUGUGAACCGGGCAGCCCGUGCAUAUCGGACCGUCUCGCACGUGGGGGUGACAGUCCUCGCCGGUAUCCUGCCGAUAGACCUCCUCGCCAUAAGUCAGGCGAGGACCUAUCGGCGACUAAAGGAACUUGAGGCCAAAAUAGGCCUCAUUUUGCCCAGAGCGAGGGCUACGCUAAAACUGCAAAAGAGGGAGAUUCUCCUUCAAGAGUGGGAGGACAAGCUGUCCGAUCCACGGCUCGUUUCUGGAAGGAGGAUACGUGAGGCCGUUCAGCCAGUCCUGCGGGACUGGAUCGCCAAGAAGGGGCGCGGACUUACGUUUCAUGUGGCGCAGGUGCUCUCGGGACAUGGAUCCUUCGGGGAGUACCUGUGUCGUAUUGGGAGGGAGCGCACCACCGGCUGCCACCACUGCCCGGAGCAAGUAAACUCGGCGCAACAUACCCUAGUUUUGCCCGGCGUGGAAAGAGGAGCGCCGAGUCCUCCGGGCGGAGAUUGGGGAUGA